AUGGGCAUUGCAACACCAUCACAACUAUUCAACACAUCAUGGACGGCCCAUCGUCUUUCUCCGCUCCAUCACAGUAAAGACUAUCGAGUCUUGAUCGGCAACCAAGAUGCAUUAAAGACAUACUCAAAACGUCUACAUGACACGCUUACAGGCGGCUUUUUGCAGAGCAUGCAAGUGACUCUGACGAAGAGUGUUACUGAUGAUACCCUUAAUAAAGCUGGGGCAUUGGUUGAUUGUCAAUGGGAAUUCAUCUCAACUCAUGAUAACGUCAAUAAUGAAGAUGACGAUGAGAAUGAGCCACUGAUCGAAAUGGAGCAUUGUAUGGGGAUAUUCAUUACUCUUGAAUACGAGAACAUUGCGUACAGAGCUGCUCUUCUCGCUAGUCCUGAUGGAUACACCCCGACGUCAAAGGACAAAAGACGGAAGCAAUCCACCCAUUUGCCGUUACUGUUGACGCGAAUGCCAACUGCGCUGCGGACCAUAUUUAUCGAGUUCCUGACUACAAGUUUUGAUGCGUAUUGCUCAACUCUGCAUUUACCGCCUCGGUUUCUUUGCAUGAUACUCGAGGCGACCAUCACGUUCUUGGUGAGGGGUGAAAAUUCCGGGCGGGCGUCGAGUGCGAUGCUAGAACAGGUGCUGAAAGAGACGCAGUUGACUCUUUCGUUUAGCUUAGGGGUCGCGCCUGCGCUGAAAUCCCUGGACGUUAAUUUACCGCGCGAGACUGUAUCAACGUUUGCGCGUGGUGUACGCGAUAAUAACACGUCAUAUUUCUCGACAUCUUUGGCACAAUAUAUGGAUCAGCAUCUUGCUAUGAAAGUCAACCUUGGAGACGCUGUAGAAGGUGUGGGCAAUGUGCAGCACGUUUGGCUUAGUAAAGUUGCUACAGGAACGUUUGUGUUGAGCACAGAGGGGAGGUUCAAGCUCAUUGAUACGUCUAAUCCGCAAGAGUCGGAGGAUGAGCAGACGACAGUGCAGAAAUUGAUACGAUCAGCGAAUGAACAGAUUUUAAGAUCGUUGGUGCGACGCGCAAUUGGUGAUGAUAUGGUUACUUGA